UCCGAGUUGCUUAAAAGAGAAGAAAAGAAAUUUAGUUUUUAUUUAAAGCUCGCCAUCGAUUUGUGUUCCACCGAUUAUUAACAGUUAGUUGACCGCUGGCCGCGAGUGUAAACAUUAAGUGCUGUGCUCUCGCUCGCACUCCGUCCGCGUCCAAUUCUUCACCCGUUUGCCCGCCACCCCUACACCCCUCGUCCAGCGUACGCGCUAUCAGCCAUCGGAAUCCCUGGGUUCAAUCGGUCUUAUCUGACGGAUUCCCCAACCUUGAGGCUCUCGGUCUUGGGGUCGACGCGGAUCAACAGAGGAUCGGUAAUCUUUAUACACCAUGUCUGCCACGGCAGCGACGCCAGCAGUAGUAGCGCCGGCAGCGACGGCAACGGCGACGCAAACCGCGAACAGCGAUGAGGAGAACCUCUUGCGGGGCUUGAACAAACUCCGGACGGAGGACAAGCUUACGGAUGUCACGCUGAUCGUCGAGGAUCAUCGUUUCAAGGCGCAUCGUGUUGUCCUGGCGGCCAGCAGCGAUUACUUUUGCGCAAUGUUCGCCGACUGUGCCAUGAUCGAAUCGCGACAGGAUGAGAUAAAUCUCUAUGGGAUCACUGCACGGGCAAUGGGCUCAAUCAUCGAUUACAUAUACACAUCCCUGCUGGAACUGAAUUCCGACAAUAUCGAGGAGAUACUGGCCGCUUCCACGCAUGUCCAGGUGCGUGAGGUUAUCGAAAGGUGUACCUUCUUCCUGGAGACCGAAAUCGAGAUGGAUAAUUGCCUGGCCAUUGCCGGAAUGGCCGAAAUCUAUGGACAGAUGGCCUUAUCGGAGCGGGCCUAUCGCUAUAUAUGCGCUCACUUCGAAGAGUUUUCUGCGACACCGGAUUUCAAGGAUCUCAAAGUGGAUCAGCUGCGAUUUAUCCUGUCCAGUAAUUACCCCAUCGAUGUGACAGAACAGGAGCUGGUGCGUCUGGUUUGCAGUUAUUGCCUGGAACAGCAAGUGGAGGAGAAUACGCUGUGGGAUCUACUAAAAUUAAUCAAUUGGCCGCACAUUAACUUCAAGUCUUUGGACGAUAUGAGGCUAAUAAAUUGCUCCCUGGACGAGGGAAAGCGACUACAGCUGCCCACUGCCUACUAUGAUCGCAUUGAGGAAGAGUAUCUAACGAUGCUGCUAAAGGGAAAGGUUCCACUGGAGGACCAAUCACUGCCACAGGGACCCACAAAUAUGCGGGGCAUGGAGCUCAGCCUGCUGAAGAUCGGUGGCUUCGAGUGGAAGGGACUGACCAAUGUGAUAAUGUGCUUCUCGCCCACCAAAAUGAAGUGGUAUGAGUUGACCUCAAUACCGCACAUCGAUCAAUGUAACUUUGGCACUGCCGUCCUAAACAACGAACUCUUCAUCGUGGGCGGAGCCUAUGAUGUUUGCCUCAAGGAGUAUAUCCAUCCCUUUGGCUUCUGUUACUGCCUGAGAAACUCUUGGGUGACAAUUGCCCCCAUUCAAUUGGAUCGCUGCCGUUUCUCUUUGAAUGCCGUGGGCAAACAGCAUCUUUACGCGGUGGGUGGUAUUGUGGAGCAUGAUGAUUACUCCGAGGAGGCAAUGCGUAGGAUCUCCAAUGUGGAACGAUAUGAUAUUGCCCGGAAUGUGUGGACAUUUAUGCCCAGUUUGCAAGAGAAUCGCAGUCAACAUGCCGGCGUCGUUGUGGGCGAUAAGCUGUAUAUAUCCGGUGGCAUUCAUUUGGCCAAUAUACUGGCGAGUAUGUGGUGCUUUGACACAAAGGCAGAACGCUGGCAGGAGCUGGCUCCGAUGCCGACGCCCUGCUGUGAUCACGUCCUGGUGGCAAUCGAUAAUCGGAUCUACGCCUGCGGCGGCUGGCACGAGAGUUUGACCGAGUCGCGGGUGCUGGUGCAGCACAUCUACGCCUAUGACAUCGAGAGCAAUACAUGGAGCGUGGAGACCCAGAUACCGGCACCCAAAUUCUAUUCGGGCGUGACUGUGAUGAGACGAACCAUAUUUUUUGUGGGCGGCUUGGACUCCACGGAGUCGAUAGAUCGAGCCAGUUCGGAGACGAUGGCGUAUGACCUGGACAGCAAGGAUUGGUGGCAUCGCAAGGACUCGUGGGAUACGCCGAACGAUGUUUGGGAAUCAACCUGCGCGGCCAUCUAUGUGCCCAUGUUUGGCUCCUGAUUUCAGCUCUCUAAACGCCUCCCUUCUCCACUCAUCCGUCCGUCUCUCUCUCCCCAACGAAUUUAGCGAUUCUCAACUCAACAUUUUUUUGUAAUUACUUAUUUCUAAUGUCUAAUUGUAGGUAAACGAAUAUUUUUUAUAUACGAUAUUUGUCGUAGUUGUAUUUUUAGAUAGCUUAAAACCUACAUGCGAGAUUGUGUGUUGUGUUGACUGUACAGUGAAGUAAAUGUGCCAAGCACACGGCAACAAAAACUGUUUAGACCAUAGACGAAGCCUUUGUUUCUAUUUUGUAAAAUGUUAAAUCCUAAAUAUAUAAA